ACCAUGAAGAUCCGUCUGCUGCUGGUGUCCCUGCUCCUGGCGGUGGUGCUAGGAGACAAAGGAGAGGGUCAUUCCAGAUUCCACACUAAGGUCAGAGGCUCCGGACCUCGAGGCCGCAGGUAUGCUGAGGGGACUUUCAUCAGUGACUACAGUAUCGCCAUGGACAAGAUCCGCCAACAAGACUUUGUGAACUGGCUGCUGGCACAGAAGGGGAAGAAGAAUGACUGGAAACACGAUGUCACUCAGAGGGAGGCCCAGGCCUUAGAGCUGGCCCAUCAAUCUAACAGGAAGAAGGAGGCCAGGGAGCAGCAGGGCUCCUUACCCAAGACGCCCAGUGAUGAAGAUUUGCUAAAGAACUUACUGAUCCAAGAGCUGCUGGCCUGGAUGGUGGACCAGAUGGAGCUCUGCAGGCUCAGACUCCCCACAGGUUUCAGUAACUGACUAAACCCAGCUCAGGACUGGACUCUGCCCUUCGCUUCUUCAGCUCCUGCCUCAGUCCCACUCCUGGGUAC